CAUCGGAAAAAGCUGCUAGUCGGGAAUUGAUGGACGAAAAUACGGCUAAUAAUGUGGCUCAAGCCAUUGCUGUAUCGCUCGACUGGAGCUCCUCUCCAGACGCUCGAAAAGCUGCUCUCUCCUAUCUAGAAUCUAUCAAAACUGGCGAUGUUCGGAUUUUGGCCAGCACAUCCCUUCUUCUAGUUACAAAUAAGUGGUCUUCUGAGAUUCGGCUUCAUGCAUAUAAAACGCUACAACAUUUGGUUCGUUAUCGGUGGGAGGAAUUAAAUUCUAUGGAGAAGAGAAAAUUUGCAAAUGUUUGCAUUGAUCUUAUGGCUGAAAUCACGUCUCCUUGUGAAGAAUGGGCUUUAAAAAGUCAGUCAGCUGCUCUUGUUGCUGAGAUUGUCAGAAGAGAAGGAUUAAGUUUAUGGGAAGAAUUGUUCCCAUCUUUGGUUUCCCUGUCUAGUAAGGGUCCUAUACAUGCUGAGUUGGUUUCAAUGAUGCUGAGGUGGCUUCCUGAAGAUAUUACCGUCCACUAUGAAGAUCUAGAAGGUUUUUCAGGUGAUCGGCGCAGAAUCUUGUUGCGUGGGCUUACUCAAUCUUUGCCUGAAGUUUUUUCUUUGUUGUACACAUUACUGGAGAGGCACUUUGGAGCUGCCCUGAAUGAAGUAAGCAGUCAAAGGCUGGACGUCGCAAAACAGCAUGCAGCCGCAGUUACUGCUGCCUUAAAUGCUGUUAACGCUUAUGCUGAAUGGGCACCAUUAACCGAUCUUGCUAAAUAUGGUAUAAUGCGUGGGUGUGGCUUCUUACUUUGUUCUCCUGAUUUUCGCCUUCAUGCCUGUGAAUUUUUCAAGCUUGUCUCUGCGAGGAAAAGAUCUCCAGAUGCUAAUACAGCUGAAUAUGACUCUGCCAUGAGAAAUAUUUUUGAGAUAUUGAUGAACAUCUCUAGACAAUUUUUUAUCAGAGGCCCUCCUAGUUCUGGUCUGGGUGAUGAAAGUGAAUCCGAGUUUAUGGAAUGCAUUUGUGAAAGUCUUGUAUCCAUGGGUUCAUCUAAUUUGCAAUGUAUAUCUGGGGACAGCUCUCUGCUUCCACUUUAUCUUCAACAGAUGCUGGGCUUUUUCCAACAUGAUAAAUUAGCUCUUCAUUUUCAAUCCCUGCACUUUUGGCUGGCACUAAUGAGGGAUUUGGUAUCGAAGUUGAAAGUUACAACCCAUUCAACAGGAGAUCUUUCAAAACCUAAUUACCAAGGCUCUAGUUCUGCAUCGCCUGAUAAUGAAAGGAGAUCAAUCUUAAGUUUUAUGAAUGAUGAUAUAUGUACUGUAAUUCUUGAUAUAUCUUUUAAGCGACUGUUGAAGAAAGAAAAGGUAUCCACUAACAUGGCACCCUUAUUGGGGGGCCUGGAGUUGUGGAGUGAUGAUUUUGAUGGAAAGGGUGAUUUCAGCCAAUAUCGGUCAAAGCUGUUGGAAUUGAUCAAAUUUUUAGCUUUAUACAAGCCUGUCAUAACCAGUGAUAAGGUUUCUGAACGAAUUAUCACUAUCAUCAAAAGUCUUUCGCUUUUACAAAUGUCUUCUGAGGACAUAGCUAUGUUGGAAAGCAUGCAAUCAACCCUUGACAAUGUUGUAAGUACAAUUUUUGAUGAAUUUGGUGCAGGCAGUUCUGAAAUUCAAUUGCAACUGCGUGGAAUUUUUGAAGGUUUAAUUCAGCAACUUCUUUCAUUAAAAUGGAGUGAGCCAGCCUUGGUGAUAGUCCUUGCACACUAUCUAGAUGCUUUGGGUCCCUUUCUUAAAUAUUUUCCCGAUGCUGUUGCAAGUGUCAUCAAUAAGUUAUUUGAGCUCCUAACAUCACUCCCCAUUGCUAUCAAGGAUCCUUCUACAAGAGCGAGGCUACAGAUCUGUACAUCUUUUAUUCGUAUAGCAAAAGCUGCUGAUAGAAGUAUUCUACCCCAUAUGAAGGGUAUAGCUGACUCCAUGGGAUAUUUACAAAGAGAAGGACGUUUGCUUCGUGGUGAGCAUAAUCUUCUGGGUGAAGCAUUUCUAGUAAUGGCUUCUACUGCUGGAAUUCAGCAGCAGCAUGAAAUUUUGGCUUGGUUGCUGGAACCUUUAAGCCAACAGUGGAUACAGCCUGAGUGGCAAAAUAAUUAUUUGUCCGAACCCCAUGGUUUGGUUCGUCUUUGUUCUGAGACAUCUACAAUGUGGUCAAUUUUCCACACAGUGACAUUCUUUGAAAAAGCACUCAAGAGAAGUGGAACAAGAAAAUCCAAUCCAAAUAUGCCGGAAUAUUCAACCACAAGUUCUCCUCACCCCAUGACUUCCCAUUUGUCAUGGAUGCUACCUCCCCUGUUAAAAUUGCUCCGUUCUUUACACUCCCUUUGGUUUCCAGCUGUAUCCCAGACAUUACCUGGAGAGUUCAAUGCUGCGAUGACUUUGAGUGAUACUGAGAAAUUCAGUCUUCUUGGUGAAGUGAACCCUAAACUUUCAAAAGGUGCAUUAAGUGUCACAGAUGAUCCUCAUUCUGACAUGAGCAAGGGAGGGGGGCAUUCAGAGCCUAGUGAAACUGACAUUCGUAAUUGGCUUAAAUGUAUAAGAGAUAGUGGGUAUAACGUCCUGGGUUUAUCAGCAACUGUUGGAGAAUCAUUUUACAAUUGCUUGGAUAUUCAUUUUGUCUCUCUUGCCCUAAUGGAAAAUGUCCAGUCAAUGGAGUUCAGACAUUUAAGGCAGCUAGUUCAUGCGGUUAUUAUUCCUCUGGUUAAAGGUUGUCCUCCACAUUUGUGGGAUGUCUGGCUGGAGAAGCUCCUGAUGCCAUUAAUUCAACAUACCCAGCAAUGUCUGAACUCCUCGUGGUCCAGUCUCCUACAUGAAGGUAGAGCAAACGUCCCUGAUGUCCUUGGAAUCCCUUCAAAGACUGACUUGAAAGUGGAAGUUAUGGAAGAAAAGCUACUCCGAGAUUUAACCAGAGAAGUAUGCUCACUUCUUGCUGUUAUGGCUUCAUCACCACUUAAUCCAGACCUUCCUUCCCUGGAGCAAUCUGGACAUGUGAAUCGUGCAGUUCUUUCAUCUCCCAAACACUUGGAUGAGUACUCAUCAAGUUGCAUGGUUGGCUUCUUAUUAAAGCACAAAGGCUUAGCCAUUUCAGCACUACGAAUAUGCUUGGAUGCAUUUACAUGGACGGAUGGUGAAGCUGUGGCAAAAAUUUCUUCCUUCUGUUCUACUCUAGUUCUUUUAGCUAUAGCCACAAACGAUGGGGAGCUCAAUGAGUUUGUUUCCCGGGAUCUUUUCUCAGCAAUUAUCCAAGGAUUAACUCUUGAGUCGAAUACUUUCUUUAGUUCUGAUCUGGUUGGUCUUUGUCGUGAAAUAUUUCUAUUUUUAUCUGACAGAAACCCAGCUCCUAGACAGGUCUUGCUCUCACUCCCCUGCAUUAAACAUCAUGAUUUGGUUGCUUUUGAAGAAGCUUUGGCAAAGACAUUUAGUCCAAAAGAACAAAAGCAGCAUAUGAAGAAUUUGCUUUUAUUGGCAACUGGAAACCAAUUAAAGGCACUAGCAGCUCAGAAAAGUAUAAAUACCAUUACCAAUGUAUCAGCCAAGUCACGUGGUUCGGUCAGCGCUUCAGAGACCAGAUUGGAUGAAGGAGAUUCUAUUGGCUUGGCAGCAAUAUUGUGAUGUACAGGAAAUGAGCUCUUACUUAUCGUAAGUCUAACCGAUGUGUCAUAAACAUAAAUGGCUUCAGUUCAUCAUCAAAGCUCUGCUAAGGAUCCGUAUACUCCUUCAACAUCCCAUAUUCUAAAUUAUUCUUGAUAUGGGCAUUACACUUUUCUAGUUCAGUAAGCUCUCCUUCGCUGGAGUUUGAAGAUGUUUUCCAGAUCUAAAGAGUUCACAUUGCUCACAGGUUUUAUGAACCUGUAUGACUUAAAUAGGUAGAUGACGGUAUUUAUAAGCCCACAAAUCAUAGUUUAGAGUUAUUUAAAGGUCUUUCUUCAUACUAAGUUUUUUUCUGUCAAUACUUGUGUAAGUAAUUUUCAGCUUCAUAGCUGACUAUUUUUUCACAUUAAAGAGAUGAGCUUUUUAGAGAA